AUAAAAUAAACCACUCUCUCACUCGAUUUCCAGACCUUCACUGAUUUAUAUCAGACAUGAGGACCUGUGUGUUUUUUAUCUGCUUCUUCCUUGUAUCUUCUGAAGCCAAGUCUAGAAUUUCUGCACCAAGUUUGGUGACAGCCAUCGCCAAGGAGUCUGUCACCAUUCAAUGCCAUUAUGACCCCCGCUACAGGAAUCAUGAAAAGUACUGGUGCAGAGGGGCAAUACGUGACUUCUGCAGGGCAGUAGUGAAAACCACAGGGUCCAAUACAAAUAACCGGACUGCCAUGAGUGAUGACAGAUACAACGGAGUCUUAACAGUGACUGUCCACGACCUGCAGCUAAAAGACAGUGGAAAGUACUGGUGUGCUAUUUCCAUAACUCUGAAAGACAUCUUCGCUGGAGUUUUCCUGCAGGUUUUAAAAGCAGAUAGACCAGCUCAUGCUACUACAGUGAACACUACAGCUUCCAAGCCAGCUGGGGGCAGCAGAGCACCCGAGCUCAAGUUUAAGUUUCAAGAUAUAUGGGCAGUUCUGCGUUGGAUCCUCUUUGGUGCCUUGCUAGGUUGUGUUGUGAUUGUUAGUGUCCAGAAGGCUACUGGAUGAUGCACCUUUCAUGUGGCUGCAGGGAUCCGUUGUUCACACUGACAUCCGCUUUCCUCACCUGACACUAAAUGUGUCUUUAUCUUCUGUGAACAGACAGGAUGCUUUAUUCCCAUCUUUGGCAUACAGUACAGUCAAACUGUAACACUUUCAAAAGACUGCUAUGAAUACUUUAGAAGGGCUGUAAAUGUGUACUUCUGUUAAUUUUGAUGAUUUAGUAAACAUCUGAUUUUAGUAAGAAUUUGUAAGUGGUUGGCAGAAGUGGGCCUUCAUGAACUAUAGUCAGUUUUCUAUGUAUUUAGUCUGACUAACUAAAUUUGUUAAGUUUUUUGGGCACAUUUUGACUGUUUCACUAGACAGAUAUAAUCAGGCAUAAUCAGUCUUUGAAGGAAGGUCAACCAAAAAUGCCAUUCUGAUCUUGAAUUUUAACUUGCUAUAAACCAAUGCAAUUUUAGCUAACAAUUAUAAACUCAGCAGCAUUUGAUGUGAAAAAAAUCAGUUAAAGGGUAAUUUUGUAAAUAAAUUGGGUUAAAAACAGAAACAUUCAUAGAAUACUUCUAAAAUCUGUAAAGAUGUCUGUAAAUACAUAAACAAAGCAGCUUUGUGUCUGAUUAUUCCUAUUAGCUUCUGAAAUCCGCCCUAGUUUAUUAAACACGGGGUGAGUAUUUGUAGGCGGGAGGCUCUGCACCCCCCAGUCCAAAGGAUGAUCCACCUUUAAUUGCUUUUGCUGGGUCCAGAGGAAGAAUAUAAGGAAGGAAACUGAAAAAUGUGUGUGUGUUUUCGUGCAAAUUGUACGGGAGUGUGGGUCUGCUGCAAAAACAGUUUUGGUUAUUGUUGCCA